GGUGUAGCCAAUAUGGCUGUCUUUAGUUAAUGCAAUAUUAUUUUACCACUUCAGUGGGAACUACGAUCUAUUUUGCAACUCAACUGUAUAAUUUUAUAAACGAUAAAAUACUCUUAUUGUUAUUUUGCUUGUGGGUCCCUACCAGCCCAACUUGUCGGCCAUUAUUUAAAAAAUGUACGACACACCAAUGAGCCUGCAGAUCUGCUGCGUGGACUUUAUAUGUGACAAUCUGUCUGCACUGUGCGAGGUGCAGCCGGCUGCCACAGCAGACCCUAAACAAACCAAGAUGGUGUUUAAAGACCCUGAGACCUGUUUCCAUGCCAACCUCUCUGACCAGCUGCUCUCUACACUCAGUGAAAAGGGCAAGCUCAAUGAUGAGUCGCUGUCAUUAUUUGAUCCCAGCGUCACUGCCCUGCGCCAUGUCAGCAUCCACAAUGCACCAGUGACUAGUAGGGGACUCAGAAUUCUUAAAGGUCACAGGGUGUCUCAGCUGGAGGUGACAGGCAUUAAAGAUGUCACAGUCAAUGACAUCAUUGGUUGUCUUGGAGAAUGGACACUGUCCAAUCUUCGCAUCCUGAAUGUCAGCAGAAACACUUUCCUCAACAACUCCAAAUUUUGUGUAGUUGUCUCCCUGUCCAAACUAAGAAACCUCCACACACUCAACGUCAGUUUCACAGAGUUCAACCGCCACGGACUGGAAAUAAUUGCUGAAGAUCUCCCUUGUCUAGAGGUGUUAGAUAUUUCUUGCACUGAAAUCAAUGACAUCUCACCUCUGAGGAAAUGUAAAAACCGCUUGAAGUCCCUGAGCAUGUACAACCUGCAGCUGCACAAGAACUCUGACCCCAUCGGUGUGGUCAGUGACCUGGUGCACCUGGUCCAGUUGGAUGUCUCUAACGAUGCCACUCGCGAGUCUAUCAUCACCUCGGUGGCCACAGAACGUUUCCAGGUGCCAGAAUACCUGUCUAGGUGUGAGACCAACCCAAACUUAAUCUCCGUUGAUGUUUCUGGGGCAGCUGACGUUGCACCAUGUAUUGUAGAGUCUUUUCUAGAAAAACAUCCAAAAUUAAAUUUCUUUGGCCUAGCCUUGACGUCAAUAUCAGAAUAUGAGAUGUUCCAGCCUGAAAGUAGUUGGCACCGUUCACAUGCUGAUCUGAAGAUAUCUGGUGAGUCAACAGAAGCCCAGAUAAUGGAGUCACUGCGCAGAUACUUACCACGCAGCACCUACAUGCAGAAGGCUCUGUUUAAACUCUUCAAUCUAUCCCAGGGGACAGAGGAGCCAAGGGAAGACAUUAUCAAGCUGGUGCUACCAGCCAUGAAGAGCCACCCCAAGAUUCUCUCUGUGCAGAUGGCUGCGACUGCCUGCCUUUACAACCUGACCCGCGGAGACGUGGGCUUGAAGAUCCACCCUGUCAUGCUGUCCAAGUGUGUCGACCUGACCCUCACAGCCAUGGAGAACUUCCCCAACCACCAACAGCUACAAAAAAAUGCCCUGCUCACCAUUUGCAGUGACAGAAUCCUGCAGGAAGUGAACUUUGAUCGUUUCCGCUGCUCCAGACUUGUCAUGGAAUGUAUGUGCCAGUUUGAUGAUGCUUCAAUGAACCGCAUGUCUGUGGCCAUUUGCUCCAUACUUGCUGCUAAGAUCUCAACAGAACAGACCACUAUACUUGGGGCCAAGGCUCGCUACAUGAAGAAGCUGUUGAUGCUGGUGGAAGAGAGACUGGUCAAUCAUGAGCUUGAUAUCACACUCAGAUUUACUCUAAGUGCACUCUGGAAUCUUACAGAUGAGGCCCCAUCAACAUGUAACGUCUUCCUGACAGAGGGUGGCCUUGAACUCUUCAUGAAACUCUUGCAGCUGACAGAUGGGGAGGAGACGGAGAACCAUGUUCAAGUGGAGACCAAAAUUCUUGGCUUGCUGAACAACAUAGCUGAGGUGAAAAUACUGCGCCACAAGCUGAUGAGAGAAGAUUUUAUCAUGCUGAUUAAGCAGAUGCUAGGUGGCAAACACAUUGAUGUCAGCUACUUUGCUGCUGGUAUCUUGGCCCAUCUGUGCAGUGAUGGUGAUGAGGCUUGGAGAAGUAUUGCUGGUCUUGAUAGAUACGACAUUUUGGAAGAUUUGAGGACUGUUGUCUCCAACUGGGACCAACCUAAGGCUGAAAUGGUGGCAUACAGGUCUUUUAGUCCAUUUUUCCCACUUCUACAAAGUCAGGACACACCCAUUCAGCUCUGGGCCGUUUGGGCCAUCCAUCAUGUCUGCUCAAAGAAUGGUAAGCGCUACCUGACUCUACUGAAUGAUGAAGGUGGACAUGAACACAUCUACCAACUGAUGCAGUCCUCCAACAUUGACCCCAAAGUUCUGGCCAUUUGUCAGGAGAUUCUGGACAAGCUGAAGGAACAUAAGGGGAGACCACCCAGAUCUUGUCAAGACAUGGAGUUUUAACCUGGGGGAGGGCUAGAUCAUGUCAUGGCUAGAUCAUGUCAUGGCUAGAUCAUGUCAUGGCUAGAUCAUGUCAUAGCUAGAUCAUGUCAUGGCUAGAUCAUGUCAUGGCUAGAUCAUGUCAUGGCUAGAUCAUGUCAUGGCUAGAUCAUGUCAUGGCAUUUGAUUGGUACUUGUUACAAAUGUUGUUUGAUUCACUCUUUCAUGCUUCUAUUUCUUGGCUGAAAUAGUUUUAGAUGCUACACACAUUUGAUUUUUCCAUCUGAUUUGGGCUGGGUCCCGUCAUUGCAUGCCGUCCAGGAAGGACUGGACACCAAAUGUAACUUGCAUUGGCUGGAAUCUAAUGUUGGCAGCAGUCUAAUAGCAUUCAAUUCAAGGUUGAACUAACUGGCCAGAAGUUGACAGAUGAACUAACUGGCCAGAAGUUGACAGAUGAGCUACCUGGCCAUAAGUUGACAGAUGAACUACCUGGCCAUGACAGAUGAACUAACUGGCCAUAAGUUGACAGAUGAACUACCAGGCCAUAAGUUGACAGAUGAAAUAACUGGCCAUGACAGAUGAACUACCUGGCCAUAAGUUGACAGAUGAACUACCUGGCCAUAAGUUGACAGAUGAACUACUUGGCCAUAAGUUGACAGAUGAACUACCUGGCCAUAAGUUGACAGAUGAACUACCUGGCCAUAAGUUGACAGAUGAACUAACUGGCCAUGACAGAUGAACUACCUGGCCAUAAGUUGACAGAUGAACUAACUGGCCAUAAGUUGACAGAUGAACUAACUGGCCAUAAGUUGACAGAUGAACUACCUGGCCAUAAGUUGACAGAUGAACUACCUGGCCAUAAGUUGACAGAUGAGCUACCUGGCCAUAAGUUGACAGAUGAACUACCUGGCCAUAAGUUGACAGAUUAACUACCUGGCCAUAAGUUGACAGAUGAACUAACUGGCCAUGACAGAUGAACUACCUGGCCAUAAGUUGACAGAUGAACUAACUGGCCAUAAGUUGACAGAUGAACUACUUGGCCAUAAGUUGACAGAUGAACUACCUGGCCAUAAGUUGACAGAUGAACUACCUGGCCAUAAGUUGACAGAUGAGCUACCUGGCCAUAAGUUGACAGAUGAACUACCUGGCCAUAAGUUGACAGAUUAACUACCUGGCCAUAAGUUGACAGAUGAACUAACUGGCCAUGACAGAUGAACUACCUGGCCAUAAGUUGACAGAUGAACUACCUGGCCAUAAGUUGACAGAUGAGCUACCUGGCCAUAAGUUGACAGAUGAACUACCUGGCCAUGACAGAUGAACUACCUGGCCAUAAGUUGACAGAUGAACUACCUGGCCAUAAGUUGACAGAUGAACUACCUGGCCAGAAGUUGACAGAUGAACUACCUGGCCAUAAGUUGACAGAUGAACUACCUGGCCAUAAGUUGACAGAUGAACUACCUGGCCAUAAGUGGUAGUGUUGACUGAAUUCUAGUCAAGGAAAAUAAAGAGCACAGAAUCCCUUUAGAAACAGGUGAACUCUACAGCAUCUACCCUAUGUAUACCCUGGGUAUUUGACUUGACCUGGUAUGACUGUAAAAAUAAUAAUUAUGUAAGAACUUAUGUGAACUAACUUUAAAUGGCUUAUGUUAAUUUUUAACUUGGUGGACUGGAGGUAAAUACCAUUGGUGUGGGGGGGGGGGGGGGGGUGCUGACAUUUUCAGUUGUAGAUAUAAGUGUGGUUCUCAUAAAGAACCAUGUGAGUGUGUUCGUGUUAGAGCACUAUGGUGAUGUUGUCCCACAACACACUGGUGAUGUUGUUGUCCCACAACACACUGGUGAUGUUGUUGUCUCACAACACACUGGUGAUGUUGUUUAUUAAUGUUGUUAGUAAUGAUGACAUCACUCAGGGGGGGGGGGGUCUCCUAGGUGUGUCCUGGCUGGUGGCCGUAGUGAGACAAAUCUUACACCAAACUUUUGGUCAGCAGCGGACCAAACUUUUGGUCAGCGGCGGACCAAACAUUUGGUCAGCGGCGGACCAAACUUUUGGUCAGCGGCGGACCAAACUUUUGGUCAGCGGCGGACCAAACAUUUGGUCAGCGGCGGACCAAACAUUUGGUCAGCGGCGGACCAGAUUGGUGGGGGUCACAAGAUGGGCUCACCAGCCUGUCUUACAAAGCUGUACCAAGUUGAUUAGUAUGUCUUGGUUUUUUUAUGUCUAGGGCAAGUCCUUAGGUGGCCAGAUUUUCUGGUCAAACCAAAUACUCUGUGAUGUCAAAGUUUUGCCUGUAUGGAUAUUUUUCUCUGCUAUUUUAAACUACAAUGUGUACAAAAAUAAAAUUUGUUUUCAUGUAAAAAAUUGAGUGUCUUGAUUCCUUAGGUGGGGUUGCCCCAUCUGAAACCAUUGAUUGUUGUUUCAAGUUUAAUUAAAGCAUUCAACAGCAAUUAGCGCUCUAGGCACGCAGAUCUCAGGCCAUAUCAGUAUGACAAUGUGUGUUAAUGCUGGCCU